AUGUCCGUGUCCGAGACCAAGUUUGAGAAGGCUGUCCAGAUCAUCCAGGGUCUGCCCAAGGACGGCCCCGUGAAGCCGACCCAGGACGACCAGCUAUUCUUCUACAAGUAUUACAAGCAAGCCACGGUCGGAGACGUGAACACGACCCGGCCUGGGAUGCUCGAUUUCGUAGGCAAGGCGAAAUGGGAUGCAUGGAAGUCGGUGGAGGGCACGUCCCAGGAGGAAGCCCGCGCAAAGUACAUCGAGAAGCUGCUCGAGAUUCUGCAGGCGUCUGGGGACGAGGACUCGAAGAAGUACAUCGCCGAGAUCGAGGCUGCAUAA